CGGCGGUGGUAAGUUGACGAGAGCCUUGUCAAAAUUAGCCGCAGCACAGUACCGUGCAGGCGUUUUUAUGCCACCGAGGCGUUUAGCGCUGCGCGCAUCGCCUUCUGAGAAACCGGAGAGUGGGAUUUUAAGACUGGGGUGUCCAUCUCAUUUGAGUAUACACUGCUAGCAGUGGCAUCCACUCUGAGACUCAGCGGUCACUAGAGGGGCUCCUGAGAGCAAGGGAAAGUGUAGCUCCCGGUCCCCUCUUGUCUGUGUGUGAGAGAAAGCUUGCGUUAAGUCCUGUGGAGACUCCUGGCUUGUCCAGUUUAAAAUGUCCUCCAUAUUGCCAUUCACCCCUCCUGUGGUGAAGAGGCUUUUGGGCUGGAAGAAAUCGACCAGCGGCCCGGGAGGAGCGGGCAGCGGGGAGCAGAACGGGCAAGAGGAGAAGUGGUGUGAGAAGGCUGUGAAGAGCUUAGUAAAGAAGUUGAAGAAGACAGGCCAGCUAGAUGAGCUAGAGAAGGCUAUCACCACACAGAACGGCAACACCAAGUGUGUUACCAUCCCCAGCAAUUGCUCUGAAAUAUGGGGACUGAGUACACCAAAUACGAUAGAACAGUGGGAUACAUCAGGCCUAUACAACUACCCUGACCAAACCAGAUCCCUGGAUGGCCGCCUGCAGGUCUCCCACAGGAAGGGCCUUCCCCAUGUUAUCUACUGCCGCUUGUGGCGAUGGCCGGACCUUCACAGCCACCACGAGCUGCGGGCCAUUGAGGCCUGUGAGUAUGCCUUCCACCUCAAGAAGGAUGAAGUCUGCAUCAACCCUUACCACUACCAGAGGGUGGAGACCCCAGUGUUGCCUCCUGUUCUCGUGCCAAGACACUCAGAAAUCCUGCCAGAGCUGCCACCUCUAGAUGACUACACUCAUUCCAUACCUGAGAACACAAACUUUCCUACAGGAAUCGAACCUCCAAACAACUAUAUACCAGAAACGCCUCCACCAGGCUACAUCAGUGAGGAUGGAGAGGCCAGUGAUCAACAGAUGAAUCAAAGUUCUCCUGCAGAGCUCUCCCCCAGCACUCUGUCUCCUGUCAAUCACAGCAUGGACCUGCAGCCAGUGACUUACUCAGAGCCGGCCUUCUGGUGCUCUAUAGCGUACUAUGAGCUGAACCAACGCGUCGGGGAGACGUUUCACGCCUCUCAGCCCUCGCUGACAGUGGAUGGAUUCACAGAUCCGUCAAACUCUGAACGUUUCUGCCUGGGCCUGCUGUCUAAUGUUAACAGGAACGCCACUGUGGAGAUGACCCGAAGGCACAUAGGAAGAGGAGUGAGACUCUACUAUAUUGGAGGAGAGGUGUUUGCUGAGUGCCUGAGUGAUAGCGCCAUCUUUGUCCAGAGUCCAAACUGCAACCAGCGGUAUGGUUGGCAUCCAGCAACAGUGUGUAAAAUUCCUCCAGGUUGUAAUCUAAAAAUCUUUAACAACCAGGAAUUUGCAGCUCUGCUGGCUCAGUCAGUCAACCAGGGCUUUGAGGCCGUCUACCAGCUCACCAGGAUGUGCACCAUCCGCAUGAGCUUUGUUAAAGGUUGGGGAGCUGAGUACAGGCGGCAGACUGUCACAAGCACUCCUUGCUGGAUCGAGCUGCAUUUGAACGGUCCCUUGCAGUGGCUGGACAAAGUUCUGACCCAGAUGGGUUCCCCGUCUGCACGCUGCUCCAGUAUGUCCUAAAGCAGCAAAGGAAACCCCCCUGGAAGAAGAAAAAAAAAAAAAAAAGCCCAUUACAAAGAUCAUUAAAUUCUAAACUUGUGAGUCCUUUCAUUUAAAAAAAGGAAACCCCACAGAAUGAUUUUUCUGUGACAUAGUUCAUAGUAUUUGUGGCCCAGUUCCACAUCCCUCUUAACUUUACACACAUACACGCAGAUACAGACUUUUGAGUAAAACAACAACAAAAAAAAAAAUUGGCACUUUGUUACCCAUCUGUCAUGCACCUUGUUAAAAUUGUUUUACCCCCAAAUCCUUGAUAUUAGAUCUAUUUGUGGUACAAAUAAAAUGUAUAUUGGUUUUUAGUCUGGGAAGUAGGGGAGAUACCAAAAAUAUCUGUGAAUAGUUUCUCAGUAUUGAAGAUUGCUUGUAUGAGUAACAUGAUCUGUUUUUGAAUGCUAAACCUUUUUUUGUUUUCUUUUGUUUUGAGCCCACCCCAAACAUUGUUAACAUAAGUUUACUUUUCUCUGGGAAACUUGGCCCCAUCUCUUGUCAGGGGAAGGUGGCUUGGUGAAGAAAUGAUGGCCUUGGUGGCCGUUCCCCUCUCAAGGAAACGCCACAUAGUGUUUUUAAAAAAAAAAAAAAGAUUGAAUUGUCUUUGCCAGAAUGACCUCCCCGCACACCCCUUAUUUUAUUUUUAUUAUUUUUUUUUUUUUAACUCUUGAUGGGUGUCGUUCUAAGACAUUCCUCUUAACGGACAAGAGAGUGUUGGUUAAAUAAAUAUUUCAAAAACUAAGUGCUAACUCAGUCUGACAAGAGUUUAUGAUUUUUGUCAUUAUAUGGCACCCUUACGUGUCCUUGGUUUAGUUGAUUUACAUCACCACUGAGCAGCCUGGUAUGGAUGCUGAAGAGGUGGUGGGCCAGGCUUUGCAGGUGCACUGGGCAGGGACCAGAGAAUAUCAGCUGUUAAUCAAAAAAGAAGUGUUUUUUUUUUUUUUUUUUUUGACAGACUCUGGGAGUCCCGGGACUCUCCGAGGUGAAGCAUAGAGCAGUUCACCGGGAGAAUUUGAAGGUUUCACUGAAUUCAUUCUGUUUAGCCUAUAUCCCCAUUGUUUUGCUACUUUUGUAUUCUCAUGUAUUUUUAUAUAUAAAUAUACUUAAAAUUUCUGUCGUUCACUUUUUAUUAAAAUAAUAUUUUAAAGACCACAGUUGUUUCUAAAGCGACAAGGAGGCCAUGGAUCAUUCCUUCAUUUUUCCCAAAAUUUCUAAGCAGCUCUUUGUCUUGGAUUUAAAAAAACAAAAAAAACAAAACAAACAAAAAAAAAAAAAACAAGAAAAAAAAACUAUCACUGCCACACAUGAUGUGCAGCCUGUAUCUACCCUCUGUCUCUUCUGAAGAAAUCUGGUGCAUUUAAAGUACACUAAAACAGCAACAGAUUUGCCUGAAAUCAGCUUUUCUGUCAUGGUUUGAUUCCAGCAGCAUGUAAAACUUUGUAAUGGCCAUUUAUUCAUUCAGCCCCCCCCCCCUUUUUUUUUUAAAAAAAACAAAA